GUGCCCAAAUGUUGUGCAAGUGUUCCUGCAGUUAGGGCCCUGUAGCAUCAUCCCCUUUUCCUGUGGAAAACAUGGAUGAAAUCAUGUCCCUGGACUGCUCAGCAGAUGGGGAGGCUGGAAUGGUGGGACCAGUAACAACGCUGAUGUGCUGCAUUAUCCAGCGCUCACUGCUCUGAGGACAAGUUCCCUUUCUCUGGAAUGCCUCUCUUUGCACAAGGUGAUUUCCCUGUCUUGCCAGGUUUCAUUUCACAGUCAGUCCAAUCCACGGACUUGACCUGCUCAGAGCUUGGGACAAGGGGUGUGUGUGACACUCCUCCCCCGGGACACGUGCUUGUGUUCAUCUCGGCACCACUUGGCAGACUGUGGGCAGUGCUGGUGGGCAGCAGCUGGAGCUGCACCUGCAGGGUGCUCAUACCUGCAAGAGCUCAUGAAACACAAGCUCUGAUAGCUGCAGGGGCAAACCUGCAAACAUCUUUGGCUUGGGGCCUCUGUGGGUGCUGCAGAGGGAGGGAGUGGCUGUCCCUGGUGGUGAUGAGGUGGCGCUGGCACGGGCUGAGCCUGCCUGUGGAGGGCAGGAGGCUCUGGCACAUGAGAAAUGCCCGCUGCCCUCACUGCUGGGGACAGCCUUGGCCGGUGGCCGUGUGACGCAGUGGCCCCGUGACAGGUGUCAUAGGCAGGAGUGGCUUCACGCCCGCUGAGCUGGUGGCCGUUGGCUGUAACAGUCUGCUGUCCUUCCGCACCAGCUGUGCUGCAGCCACCUCUGCCCCGGCUCCCUGGGGACAGCCCUCCUGCCCGCUGGCCUCAGCAGCCACCCUCCAGGGCUGCCCACGGCUGCGGCUCCCGAGCUGGCCCUGGCCAAGAGGCAGCACCCUCAGCAGCUCCCAGCCCCUGCUGAGACCCUGCCCAGUCACUCCUGCCACUGUGAUGGAGCUGUGUGAAGGGAGCAGCGGCUUUCCUUCUGUUGUUUCUGUGAUGGAACAGCUGCCUGUCAUCUUCCGUUCUCCCUGGUGGCCCCCAGCCUGCUGUCUUCCCAGGGCAUCCUUGGCACGGUGUGGCUCAGGCUCCCGGCCUCCUGCAUGCCUGGCAGCAGAGAGCCCGAGUGUGAGACUGCAGGGAAACCUCCCUGCUCCUCCCAUCAGCGAGGAGAGAUGGUCAGCGAUGCCUCCCCAGCGCCCGGGGCGUGGGGGGAGCUGUGGGUGUGCUGCUGCAGCUGAAGGAAAUGGGCUGGGGUGAGGGUGGGUGGCUCUCACCCCCUCCCUGAAGCCCAGCUGCAGCAGAGCGAGCAGCCCUGGGGAGCUGAGUCCCCGAGCCCCCCGUGUCAUUUACAUACACCCCACCAGUGGCCACGGCACAGCACCCGGGCUUUGUGCAGCAUCCCAGAGCUGCUCUGAAGCAGCCUCCCUUCCUCUGCCUCCUGCCAUGGCCCUGGGCUUCACAGUCCUGCUCCUGCUGGGGACACUGGGCUCAGCUGCCAGGGCCCAGCCCGUGCUGAGCCAGCCAAGCUCCGUGUUCGUGCAGCCCGGGCAGAGCGCUCGGCUCUUCUGCACGCUGAGCCCGCAGUACAACAUCAGCCACUUCGGCAUCUCCUGGUACCAGCAGCGCCCCGGCCACUCCCUCAGGUACCUGCUCUAUUACAACUCGGAGCGAGACAAGCACAAGCCUGCCAAGACCCCCGACCGCUUCUCGGCCACCAAAGACCUCGCCAGCAACGCCUGCAUCCUCACCAUCGCGGCCGCCUGCCAGGAUGAUAACGGCACCUAUUACUGCGCCCUGUCCCCGGCCCUCAGGUGGCUCUAGAGGCACCUGAAGCUUUUACGCUUCCCCUGGCCACCCUAUCCCAGCAGGGAGAGCGGCAGCCCUGGGAGGGAUGGGAAAAAUCCAUCUUUGCACGCUUGAGCAGACCCGUGCUGGGAAGUGCAGCAAGCUCCUCUUUGUCCCCAAGCGUCCCCCGCGGGGCAGCAGACAGCCGGGCACGGCCGCAGAGCAGCCAGGGCCUCCUGCAGCAGGAGCAUGGAGGGCUCGGCCGUGGCCUGGCUGUGCUGGGCUCUUCCAGCACCUGGCACGGGGCGGCCUGGACCUGGCUGGGGCUUUCGCAGAGUUUAAACAAGGAUAAUAAAGGCAGUAAAGGCUAAUCCUCAGCCCGCGGCUCGCGUCCCGCGUCCCUGGGCCAUGAGGGCGGGCAGGAGGGGCUGCGGGCCUGGCGGGGUCUCUGCGCCGGGGGGAGCCCUCACCCACCCCUGGAGCAGCCCCCGGCCCCACAGCACAGCCCCUGAGGGCACAGGGACACGCGUGCCCCGCGGGGACUCUGUGGGGAUGGUUUCUCCCAGGGAUGAAGCAUUUUCCCGCAGAAUUCCCUCAGAACCGGGGAAAACGCCGGGAUGGCCGCACUGCGCAUGCUCAGCUCGGCGCGCGCCCGGCGAAGGGAGCUAGGACCCAAGGGCGGGUACUGAUGUCACGUGAGGGGCGUCCGGCGCUACCAUUGGCUCGGGGG